GCCAUGAACUGGCCAUCCCUUCACUUAAAGAUGUCCAAACCAGCCCUACCCUACCCCCAAACUAAUCUCUCAGACCCCUCAUCUCCCUCUCUUUGUUCCACCGCGAGGCAGCACCACUCCAAAUCACCCCAAAAUAUCACCCUACAAUCCCCAGAACCUCAUUAAUCCAAAUCCAUGCUUAGUUUCACCGAAAUCCCUUCUAAUCUUUUCAUUUAGUAGAUCUAAGAAAGUACCAAAACCUAAAUCUAUCCAUUUUUUAUUUUCUUCUCACUUUCGGCUUGUUUGAACUUGAAACCUACAUUAUUCGAUUGCUCUUUAUGAGAUCAACCGAUUAACGUUAGUUUUAGUUCACUUUACGGCCACUAGAAUCCGGUCAAGUCCUGUUGAACAACCAGUUUUUUCUCCAAUGGUUUUUCUCUGAUCAUUUCAAUUCCAGCAGAUAUACAUCUUUCCGUCUUCCCUUUAAUUACUUCCAGUUACAUGUUUCAUUGGUUUGGUUUGAAAUUGUUUAGUUGUUUAAGUUUACUCAUAUGUAAAAUUUAUUUGAAUCAGUAAUAAAGUCACACAUCUCUAGGCUAGGGAAUCUGAUUAUUGGAUUUUUGAUUAGUCGCUUAAUUGCUUUGGCAUGAUUAAUUAAUUACUUUCUUUGAUUAAUUAGGUUUCUGUUACUUUCGAGUUUGUUUGUUUGUUUGUUUGCUCGUAAAAGAUUGGGCUAUUGAUUCAAUUCAUUCGGGUAAGAGUUUUGGGCCUGUUGGCCCAAGGCCCAGGCAGAAUUAGUAGUGAAAUACAAUUCACAAAGCUUAAGAGGGUCAAUAGGGAAUUAUUUUUAAGAGAAUCUUUCUGUUAUUUGGUUGAGGAAGGUUCCAGAAAUUGGGGGAAGGACUAAUUAGAAAUAGAAAAUAAAGGGGUCAGGGGUGAGGAAGUAAAUAAUAUAUAAAAAAAAGGGUUAAAAAGAAUUGAAAUAACAGAAAAGAUGUUGAAAGUUGGUUAUAAAAUAGUACUUUCAUUUUGCAUACAGAGGACACACAUUCACAGAAACAUUUUUUACUCUCUCUUAUCUGUUAUUUUUCAUGUAUCCUCUCAUCUGCAUACAUUCAGAAUCUACACACAUUCUCACUGAUUUUUCAGUCCUCUUCUUCACACACACUCAUACAUUCUCAUCUUCUUAGACACACGCACAGAAUAGCUAAGAAAGCUUGAAAUUAAAAAAAAAUUGAGAUCUAAAAGAAAAAGCUAUUUUUGAUUUCUGCUGCAAUACUUCACAAUUUCGAGCUGGUUGUUGGCUGGGAAUUGAAGCUGCUCUUUGCUAAGUCUACUUUGCUGAGAUUCCUAUAGUUUCUUCCAACCUUUAUUUGGUUUUGAUUUCCUGUUUACCUGCUGUUAAGGGUUUGGAGUUAGCUUUCAGUUUAUUUUGGAGUUAUAGAAUAUCAGCAUCAAUUCAUGAACCAAACCAAUAGAUCUGGAUGGUAACAGGCCUAAAGGUGAUUAUUAGUAUAAUAGUGUAAUCUGAUUAAGGUAUUUUUCCGAUUUAUUUUUCUUCUGUGAAACUGAUCCAUGGCCUGAUGAUUUAUUUGGAAAUUAAAUCUGUAAUAAUGGGGAUUCAUAGAUGUAUCGGAUUUGCAAAGCAAGCUGGUUGUAGUCGAUAGAGAGGUUGUAUGUGUAAUAAGGUUCAAUUGAAUUGAUUGACUGAUAGAAUGGCCAUUUGUAUAAUAUAAGGUUUCCAAUUAGGUAUCACUCUAGUUUGGAAUUUGAAUUUUCUGUAAAAAUAAUUAAUUUAUAUGAUGUUCAUUUAAGGUUGAAUCUAUAAUAACAUUUGUUCCUGGUGACUUUUCCUUUAAGGUUUGCAAAGCAUGUUAGCUGGCUAAUUGCGAUCAUGUUUAAAACUCUAUAAGAAUUAUUGGGCUGCACCCUUGGGAGAUUUUCGAGCCCAAUUUAUUUGUAAAAUGAAAAGAGUCAACGACUCUAUGAACGAAAGGCCAAGCCCUAAUGGGCCUUAUCCCAAGCGCAUCCAGUUUCGUUCAUUAAAGUUAGGUCAUUGUUUUUAGCAUUGCGAAUAUGAUUUUCAAGUGAACUCUAAAGCAGCAAAGGUCCCAAGAUUAGAAUUAAUUAAUACUUGUACACCAAUGAUUUCCAUAAUUUAUUAGACCUCACAAUGAAUCUCAAAUUAGUUUAGGGCAAAUAAUUGAUGAACAUCGUAGCUUGUUUUAGGUGCAACUAAUAAUAAAUCAUUGUGACUAUGGAUACGGUUUUCGCGGCAUAGUAAUGAUACAUAAAUCCCAAAUUCGAGUGUACGCUCACGUGACACGACUCUAUAACUUCAAAUCAAUUAAACAAAUAAGCAUGUCGUAAAUUGCGGGUGUGUUUCACGCGGCAUGAUUUUUGAUGUGCACAAAAUGACAAGUGUACAAUAUUGUAGCUUAUUAAAAUUAAUUCCAUAAAUAUUAAAAAUAGUUUAAAUAUAUAAUAAAAGUGGUAAAAAGGAAAAAAUGCAAAGUAGGUCUAAAACAUGUAACAAAUUGGAUAAUUAAGUCAAGUAUUAAUUAUUAAGCGACCGUGCUAAAAUCACAGAACUCGGGAGUGCCUCACACCAUCUCUUGGAUUAACAGAAUUUCUUACCCAAUCUUCUGUGUUCGCGGACCAUUAAUAGAGUUAAACGUCCGUGAAUUGGGAUUCCAAAUUUGGUGACUCAAAACAUCGUUAAUGAAAUAAUUCCGAGUGGCGACUCUAAAAAAUAAAAAAUAAAAAAAUCCUAUUUCAAAUAAUGUCACUUUAGUUGAAAAAAUUCCUUAUCUUUGGAAAAAAGAGGUGUGACAGCUCUGGCGACUAUACUGGUGAUCGAACCCAGAAUCUUUGGUUCAGGGUUCAGAAUUCGAGCUUAGAAUAACUAUUAUAUUUGGCUACUUGUGAUUGUCUGAUAUUACUUGUUUGAGCCUAAAUAACGAAAAACAUGAAAUGUAGUAAAAUUGUCGAAAAUAAAGUCAGGUGACGCUUUUUUUUUUCAAACAGCCAGAAAUGUCCUGUCGGGACGCCAGAAGGCUAUUUUUGCAAGAAUAGUCACCUAUGGUCCUUUUUUCAAAUUUUAGGCUACUUAGCAAGCACAUCCCUAAAAUUUUCCCCUUCGAAGUGCUGAAAGGCCGUAUUUGCAAAAGUAGCCGUGUUAUUUUGACUUGGUUUUUGAAAAAAUUACUAUUGUUUGGUCAUUUUUUAAAAAUAAUUCCACUUGUUUUAACCUGGUCACCCUAUUAAAAUGUGCAAAAUGAGCACUAUUCAAAAUAUACCUGUAAGGGUUGUAGGCCAGAUCCCAUUGACACUCCACAUAUGGUCGGAACAUUUAGGAAAACAAGGACGAGAUCGAGUCAAUCAGUAUCUGGGGGCGCUCACAGGUCUGUUAAAGAUUCAGCCUAGAAGUGAUUUGAUAGAGGCACUAGUGCCAUUUUGGGACCCAACCCACAAUGUUUUCCACUUCUCGGUUUUUGACUCACACCCACUCUGGAAGAAAUGGCAGGCUAUGCCGGGAGUACAGAAGGAUCGAGGCACAAGUAUUUGAUGUCUCCAAGGACCAUCACUCCCCACAAGUUUCUAGAUCUACAGAAAAUAAAUAGGCAGAUUAAGACAGAAAGUUUGGCAGGUGGAGCAUACACUCUUCCAUUUUCUAUACUAGCGAUACAUGCAUCAGGGGGCAUUCGAGAAUCCAGAAAGUGGACUCUACGGUAAAAGUAACCAGUCAAAGUGGGAGGUACAUAGAUGUUUUGCAUUCAUGGUGGCAUUUUUAGGCAUUGUGUUGUUUCCAAGGGAGGAUGGGCAUAUUGACCUGCGUCUAGACAGAAUUGCCCAUGUGUUGACUACUCAGGCCAAAAGCACCCACGCACCUAUGAUUGUAACUGAUAUAUUCCGAGCCUUGACCUUUUGUAAGGCCGGAACCAAGUUUUUUUAGGGGUGUAAUUUGCUAAUACAGAUGUGGAUGAUCGAACACCUUUGUCACCGUCCCCGAUACAUGAAUUAUGGUUCUACCGAAAAAACUGCAUCGAGGAAUUUGGUACAUGGGUGACUGGAUUCGUAAUGCCGGAGGGAGUCAGGAAUUGGAUUACCCGCCUUCGUUCUUUGACCGCGGAUCAAAUAGAAUGGAUAUUGGGUUGGCUUCCUGUGGAUGAGAUUGUUCAUAUGCCGGCCACUGGUCCCUACUUCCUUUUGAUGGGUCUUCGCAGUAUCCAGCCAUAUGCCCCAUACCGGAUUUUGAGACAGCUGGGAAGGUGCCAGAUAGUUCCCAAAGAUGAGGACCUUAUUACUUACGUGGUUGAAAUUUGCUCUGAUGCUCAAUUUUCCGAAGAUGUGGUACGUCAAAUUUGGAGCGAGUGCUGGUAUUUGGGGUCAAACACCAGAGUACAUGAUUUGUCUAAGGGCGAGGUUGAACCUGGGUAUGCCAUUUGGUAUGGAAAGAGAGUCACAAUGAAUAACGAAUCUGAAAGGCCGGCUAAAAGGCCCCAUGUCCAGGAAUUUGUUGAUACAUCGCAAGAGCAGUGGGCUUGGGUAGCCAAAGAGAAAGAUUAUUGGGCCACCAUAAGCAAAUUAGAGAAUCAGGCGAGGGCCAUUAAAUUUGAAAGUGGUUUGCAAGCUGCCGAAGAUGAGGGAGAGAAGAAACGGUUAGCUCAAGAAAAUGAAGCCCUCCGAGCUCAACUCCGGGAAAUGAGAAUAGCCGUUGAGAUGCCUGUAAGAAGUGAAAGGGACCAAAAAAUCAUAGGCAACUUGAGGCAAAAAGUGCACGACUAUGCGACCGAUCUAACAAAGGCCGAAAAAGAUUUAGCAAAAGCUCGGGCAAGGAUGGUCCAAUUGGGGAAAGAUGUGGAAGAACAGACAAGGUUAGCCCGCCAGGCAAAGCAAAGUUACAACAAAGAGGUCGCGAUUUUAAGGAAAGAGUUGGCCACUCUCGAAAAUGAAAUGGGUCAACAGGUAAAAGACUUCAAGACGGAGAGAGAGCAUUGCUAUGCAUUGAUUAACAAAUUAGAAGAGAAUGUGUUGAAUUUACAAAAUCGAAACAACAUGGCCAUGCAAGUAGUGGAAGUCCGAGAACAACAGAUUGGACGAUUGCUCCAGGAGAAGGGUGCUAUUAAGCUUAGAAUCAAAAAAUAGCUUACUACACCGAUAUGAAAUGCAAUGAGUGUGAGAAUAUGACUAAAGCUAUGUUCUUUGCUUCAGUGCUAUCAUUCGCUCGCUAGGUCAUGGCCGACCUAGAGUUCCUUCAGGAUGAGCUUACAAGCGGGCCCGCAUCGAGACCGACUGAUGUCACCCGGGCCCUUGAAAUAAAGUUUGAGAGUCAUCUGUGUUCUUUAAUUGUUCAGUCAUCGAGUCUGUAGUUUACUUUUUUUUCUUGCGUCGAGUCUGUUUGUCCUUCGUCUAUUUUGAGUCUGUUGUUAUUUUUCUUCAAGUCUGUAUGUUUUCCUUUUAAAGUCAGUUGUCGAUGUUUUUGAGUCUUUGUAAUGAAAAACCUAAAAAAAAAAUUUAUUAAUGAAAUA